AUGGAGGAGACGGUGGAGAUGGAGGCGGAGGCGGGCUAUGAAGAAGACGAUGGAGAUGGAGCCAUGGAGGAGACGGUAGAGAUGGAGGCGGAGGGCGGCUGUGAAGAAGACGAUAGAGAUGGAGCUAAUUCUAUUGGAAACCUGAGGAUGAAGGCAAACCACCGGCGACAAUCUACACACACCGGAGAAGCUAUGUCUUCAUACCGAAUGCCGGCGUCAAACCCAAACCUAAACCUUAAACCCUCGAAAAAGAAUGUCAUUCACAUCGGUGGCAUACCAAUCGAGUUUCCGUACCAACCAUACGGCUCACAGUUGGCUUACAUGGGCAGAGUAAUCGCAACACUCGAUCGAGCUCAAAAAGACGGCCAUUUUCAUGCCUUACUUGAAUCACCUACUGGUACUGGGAAGUCUUUGUCUCUGCUUUGCUCGGUUCUUGCAUGGCAGAAGAAUCAUCGGUCAAAGCCUCAAUAUGGCAAUAUUUCUCACUCGAAACCUGAUCCGGAGGCUCUGGUUGAUCCGUUGGGUCACGGUGGGGGUUUUGUUCCUGAAAUGGAGCCAUCAGGAAACCUGAUGCCUACUCUUUCUGAGUCAAACAAUACGAAGCAGAAUAAAACAAGAGGUCCUGUCAUCUACUAUGCCACGAGGACACAUUCACAAAUUAGUCAAGUCAUCAGCGAAUUUCGGAAAACAAAUUACCAUGUGCCUAUGGCAGUUUUGGCAUCUAGAAAACGCUACUGUACAAACGCUAAAGUACGUGGGCAAGAUAAUAUUGACGAGACAUGUAAGCUACUUCUCAAGGAACGUGGACAAAAGAAAGUUGGUUGCCCUGAAUUUGGGAAUGCAACCAAGAUCAGAUCGCAUCCCUCUCUCAAAAAAGGUGGCUGCUACGAAGUCCAUGAUAUUGAAGAUCUUCUUAAAGUUGGAGAAAUGGUAGAAGGUUGCUCAUAUUUUGGAGCACAAGCCAUGGCAGAAGUGGCAGAAAUAGUUUUUUGCCCAUACAGCUAUAUUGUUAAUCCACAAAUUCGAAAAGCGAUGGAAAUAAAUGUUAAAGGAAAUAUUAUCAUUCUUGAUGAAGCUCAUAAUAUAGAGGAUGUAGCUCGGGAGGCUGGUAGUAUAGAUGCUGAAGAAGGUGUUCUGAUUCAAUUACAGAUGGAACUAGAAAAUCUUUGUCAAAGUGAUCGAGUAACACAUGCUGAUCAAGUGGAAACUUAUCAGCCCUUAUAUGAAAUGAUAGAGGGUAUUAUCAGUUGGAUCAGGCGGAAGAAAAAUUCCUUGGGGAAGCAUAGUUUUCACCAUAAUGCGUCAUGUUGGACUGCUGAUAAAGCUUUGAAAGAACUUCAAGAAGCAAACAUAUCAAAGCAGUGCUUCCCAAGCUUACAAGAUUGUGCUACAAAGGCAAUUAAAUUUGCUACAGAUGCAGACCCAGAGGUUGAUUACUUAAGUGGCAUGCCCUGCACAGUAUUAGAAGGUCUUUUCUCUUCACUUAGCUACUUUUUCUCGGAAGAUGGAAAACACAUCUGUGAUUAUCAGCUUGUAUUGCAAUGUCAUAUAAAAAAUGAUGCUGGACUUGGUGCUUCCGACUGGCCUUGUACUUUUAGUUUGUGGUGCUUGAAUCCAGCUCUUGUGUUCAAGAACAUGGCUGAUAUUUCUCUUUCGGUGAUUUUAACAUCCGGGACUUUGUCACCAAUGAGCUCUUUCCAAUCUGAACUUGGGGUUCAAUUCGGGACCUGUCUUGAAGCUCCACAUGUUAUCAAUGUGGAGUCACAGCUAUGGGCUGGUGUGAUUCACAGUGGGCCAGAUAAUUACCCACUGAAUGCAAGUUACAAAACAUCUGAGGACUAUGGUUUCCAGGAUGCACUUGGCACAUCUCUGGAAGAAAUUUGCAAGGUCGUCCCUGGUGGUUGCUUAGUAUUUUUCCCGAGCUAUAAGCUUAUGGAGAAAUUGCGCAGUCGAUGGUCUGAAACAGGUCAAUGGUCUCGACUAAAUGCACAGAAGCCCAUCUUUGUUGAGCCAAGAGGAGGCCAGGAUGAUUUUGAGAAUGUUCUGAAUGGUUAUUAUGAUACAAUUCAUCAGAAGAAUAAACCAAUGAUUGGAAGGAGAAGGGGUAAAAGGUUGGAUGCUAAUAGUUGUAAUGCAGCAAGGAGCAAAGGGAACUCUAGGACGGGAGCUGCAUUUCUUGCUGUCUGUCGAGGAAAGGUCUCCGAAGGAAUUGACUUCUCUGAUGAUAAUGCUCGAGCGGUUAUAAUUGUCGGGAUUCCUUUUCCAAAUGUGUUUGAUAUCCAAGUAGCAGAAAAGAAGAAAUAUAAUGAUACAUAUAAAUCGUCUAAAAACCUUCUUAGUGGCAACGAAUGGUAUUGUCAGCAAGCUUUCCGAGCACUGAAUCAAGCAGCAGGUCGUUGCAUCCGACACAGAUUGGAUUAUGGAGCCGUAAUCUUCUUAGAUGAACGGUUCCGUAAAGAAAGAAAUUUAACAUACAUUUCAAAGUGGAUAAGGAAAUCCAUUAGACAGUAUGACAACUUUGACCAGUCAUUGGAGGGAUUAAAGUUAUUUUUCAAAGACAUAAAGGUUGAGAAUGAUGUAAAUGCUAUGCAGCAGGUCGAUGUUGAAACCAUUGAUGUGGAGGAGCCAAAAAACUGGUUCACAGAAAUGAAGAACCAAAAUGUAAUUAAAUCCAAACCAAAAGGACAAAGAUCUGUGAUGAAUGGUGUUGCAGCACCUGAAAUAGCAACUAAGAUGAAAAAGUUUGCAAUUGCAACUAGAAAGUAUGACUGCUCCUCACCACUGUCAAUGAACUUAUCUCCUAAUAAUUUCGAGCUAUCAAUUGUUAACGAAACCCCGAGGACUGACGAUGGUAUUGCUAUUGAUAUGACAUUGCCCCCUAAUGACCAUGAGCCGUGUAUUGUGAAGGAAACACCAAUCGAGGAUGCGGGUCCUACUUAUCUUGAAUCUGUCUCUGAGGAUGAGUUCUCUAAUUCAACCAUAAUCCAAACAAAGUUUCCGGAUCAGCUGUUAUCGCACUCUUUUUCCUCUCCUUGCUCUACUUCUGCUUCUGGAUGUGUGGUUACUCCUAAAAAUGAGCACGGGUCUCAAAACAGAUCACCUUUAGAUUUGAGUGUCAAUUCACAUAUUCAUAAAAGAAGAAAGUCUUCAACUUCUCUAGUUAAGAUGGAGAAUUUUGAUUCUCCAGAGACAUCAUCUACCACUUGGAGUGAUGUUACAAAGAAAGAAAUAAAAAUAUCUUGUUCACUCUGUCGAAGUUCUCUAGGUCUUGUAGAGAAUAACUAUAUUGUUCCUUGUUCCUUAACGUCAUCGUCUAAAGUGCACCUGACAUCAAUUUGGAAAGGCAAGUUGGAGAAUCCAUCAAAGGGUCCGACAAGUGUACCUAUUGUGGUAUCUGACAUUUCAUCAGUUGAUCGAAGAAUCUGGGAAAGAAGUUCUGAAGGUGCUAUUGGGCAAGGAAUUUGGAGUAAAGAAGAUGGUUGUGUAUUUAAUACAAUUCUCUGCCCUUUCUGCAGUAAUCAAGACAAUUGCCUUGGCUUACAUGUCGUUGCAACCGAUUCAUCCAAUGUGCAGUUUCUAAACAAGGUACUCUUUUAUUCUGAUAGACUGAAAAUCCAACAUAUCGAUGCAUCAAGGAAUAAGGAACUCUCGCCAUCUAGUGUUAGAAGUUGGAGUAAAAGCGUUGUACAGCAUCCAUUUGAGAAAUUUGCAUAUGUAUCUCAAGAAACUAACCCAGGAGGCUGGAGAACAACAAAAUCAAAGAUGCGACUACCAAAAAAAGCCCAGAUUUCGACCAUAAAACAUUGAUGCCUAACCGAGAUGUAAAUUCUAAAUCUCUGGAAAAAAAUAGGUAUGACGUCAUUUUUGGAACGUCCCCACAGUACUGGUCCCACCAUCAUCAUGGAAGACGUAAAUUGCAUGUUUUAAAGACAUGUAAAU